ACAACACUACUGGCUCUGCCAUUAGAGAGAGAGAGAGAGAGAGAGAGAGAUGCUGGAGGUGGAAGAGAAGUCAACGUACAACAAUGGCGGAACAGGAGGAGUAGUGGAGGUGAAUCCCAAGCCGUCCAAAGGGUUGACUUCGAAGGUGAUUGAUUUAGUUGAGAAGCUGAUUGUGAAGUUGAUGUAUGAUUCGUCUAAGCCUCAACAUUAUCUUUCCGGCAAUUUUGCUCCGGUUCCUGAAGAAACUCCUCCCAUCCAUGAACUCCCUGUCAAAGGACAUCUCCCUGAAUGCUUGAAUGGGGAGUUUGUUAGAGUUGGUCCGAAUCCAAAGUUUGCUCCAGUAGCAGGAUACCACUGGUUCGAUGGAGAUGGGUAUGUGAACUUUGGCUUUGCUGUGAGAGCAUAUGCAACAAUGCUUGUUCAUUUCAAAUUUAUUUUUCUGCCAAUGAUAGUCAGAAUAUACUCUUGCACAUUUUUCUGA